GGUGAAAAUGGCGGAUCUUUCGAAAUCCAACCCCGGCCUGAAAAUAGAAACGUAGCUAGCUAGCUGGUCGUUUUCAUAGUGUUGCUCCUGUCACCAGUUUAUGGUUUUGACAGGCUGCUUAGUUGAGAAAACAAGAAUCAGGCCCCAACAUAUAUCUUAUAGAAAAUUGAGAAGAUGAACAUCGAUACCCCGUAGUUUAUCGACUUGUAUAGUGUACCAUCUGUCUUAUUUGGAGUACGGCGGAGGUAGGACAAAGAUUGUUAUUCUCUUGGAUGUCCGAAGCGGCCUAGCCAAGCUAGCUAUGUUAGCUAGCUAACUAGCCAUCAACACAAUCGAUGACAUGUUAGUUAGAUAGCUAGCUAAAUUCUAAUUUAUAACGUUCGAAAUCAGGUGGACUUUGUUGCAAACGACUGAUUUGAGCUGAGUGUAAACCUGGAGACAUGGAUGUGGUGUCGCCAGAGCUGAACAUCCUCCUCCCUGACGAGAUAAUGGACACCGAGGCCAUCGUCAUGGACGACGACCCCCCCGCCGAGUCCCCUACAGCCUCUGGCCAAUCACAGCCCAGCGACGAUGCACCAAUCCCCAUGGAAACAGAUGUUCUCGCCGUCCCAGAGAUCGUUAGCCUGUGUUCGGAUGCCCCUCCGACCCAGCGGACCCAGGCCCUGACCACCUCCAUCACCACAGACUCUACCCUCUGUAGCACCACCUCUGCCACUCAGCUCCUCCUCACCCCAUCCAUAGCUUCAUCCUCCCCCCUUACCCUCCGAACCGCCACAGCCUCGACCCUCACCUCCACCACCAGCCCGGGCGGGGUCAGUCUCACCUCCGGGGGCUUACAGAAGCUCUCAGCCAGCCACCAGAUCAUUCUCAAUAAGGUGGCCUCAUCCCCGGGAGCAGACACCACCAGGUCCCCAGGCACCACCACUAUCACUCCAGGGGGCCAGAAGUUCAUGGUGACGGCCAUAGGCAAGUCAGGCCAGUCUAUUGUGCUGCAGCUGCCCCACACGGGCUCCAAGCCUGGCUCAGGUCAGGGGGAGGCCAAGGCCCACCCGCAGCAUUUCAAGGUGCUGACAAUAGGGGGGAGGACAGACCUGAAGCCAGUCAUGGUGGGGCAGGCGGUCAGCUCGGCCAGUCAGGUGUCCACCCUGCAGGCCCAGCAGCUGAAGACUGUUCAGAUUGCAAAGAAAACGCAGGUGUCAUCAGCUGGACCAAUCAAGUUCAUCAUCACUAAAGCUGUCAACAACAAAGGUCUGACCGCCCAGACAUCAGUAUCCAAUGUCAUUACAGGUCGAGUCCUGUCCACGAGCAGCCCAGUGACCUCCCCGCGGACCAUCACUCUCUCUGAGACCCUCAGCUCCAGCAACAAGAUUGCCAUCUCCCCCCUCAAGUCACCUAGCAAAUUGACAGUGGUGUCGGUGGCCUCCCAGGUACCCAACUCCCCUCAGAAGUCAGUGUCUCUGCCGCUCAACAUGGCCCACCUGGGACAGCAGAUACUAGUACAACAGUCUACAGCCACCUCUCCAGCCAAGCCCAUGAAGCCGGUGCAGACUGUGACGGUGGGCGGCCCCCAGUUUAAGACCAUCUUCCCCCUGUCCACCUCGUCCAACGUGCAGCAGAUCCAGGUGCCAGGCAGCCGCUUCCACUACGUCAGGCUGGUCACUGCCACCACGGGCAGCAGCACGGGACAGGCCGGCAGCCACUGCACCAACUCAUCCAUGACCGCCAAGCCCAUGGUGGUCAACACAGCCCAAGUCAGGAUGUCUGUCCCCAUCAUCCCAGCACAGACCAUGAAGCAGGUGGUGCCCAAGCCCCUGACGUCGUCGGGCCAGUUACUGACAACCCAGACCCAGCAGAGGUUGAUCAUGCCCGCCACGCCGCUGCCCCAGAUCCAGCCCAACCUCACCAACCUACCCCCGGGCACCGUACUGGCGCCUGGGUCUGGGAACAUGGGCUAUGCUGUGCUGCCCGCACAUUAUGUCACGCAGCUCCAACAGUCUGCGUAUGUGACUUUGGCCAGCAGCUCUGGGUUCCCCACCCCUACAGGCAUCCAGACUCAGGCCAGACUGCCUCUCAAUGGUUUAUCAACAUCAGACGCUGCCUCCAGACCACGGAAGCCCUGCAACUGCAACAAGUCGCAGUGUCUCAAACUGUACUGUGACUGCUUUGCCAACGGGGAGUUCUGUCAGAACUGUAACUGUACCAACUGCUUCAACAACCUGGAACACGAGACUGAGCGAGCUAAAGCCAUCAAGGCGUGUCUGGACCGUAACCCGGAGGCGUUCAAGCCGAAGAUCGGUAAAGGUAAAGAGGGUGAGUCGGACCGCAGACACAGCAAAGGCUGCAACUGUAAACGCUCAGGAUGCCUGAAGAACUACUGCGAGUGUUACGAGGCCAAGAUCAUGUGCUCGUCUACCUGUAAGUGUGUUGGCUGUAAGAACUUUGAGGAGAGCCCUGAGAGGAAGACUCUGAUGCACCUGGCCGACGCAGCUGAGGUCAGAGUUCAACAGCAGACGGCAGCCAAGACCAAGCUGUCGUCGCAGAUCUCAGACCUGUUCACAAGGACCACCCCGGCCAUCACCAGCGGAGGGGGGAGGAUGCCCUUUACAUUUGUGACGAAGGAGGUGGCAGAGGCCACGUGUGAGUGUCUGCUGGAGCAGGCUGAGCAGGCAGAGCUGAUCCAGCAGCCCCAGGCCACCGCAGAGAGGAUGAUCCUGGAGGAGUUUGGACGCUGCCUCAUGAGGAUCAUCAGCUCAGCGGGCAAGACGGACUGUCCCUCCAUCAACUGCUAGGCCAGGUCCAUGGGUUCGCUGUCUGUAUGUCUCUCACCCAGCCCAGUGAAAACUAGUGCUGGGAGACUAGAAGGGAAUAGUGGCCUCCUCUCUCCCCCAGUUUGAGAGCUAAACAUUAGGACUGGUGAGUGGUAGUGAUCCUUGGUUUCUCUGCCUCCCGGGCUGGCUAGCUAGCCGCCCAGUCUCAGAGAUGAGCAGUGGGUCUGGGAGAUGAGGGGAGUCGGCCCUGGGCGCCAUCUCUCUCGCCCACCCUCUGGGCAAAGCAUUGGGAGAGGAGAGGACUGUCUGUCUGCUCCACUUACUGCUAGCCAUGCCCAUGUGCUUUCUCUCCCAUCCCUAUAGUGCUAGCAUUGGAUAGGGUGGAGAGUGGUGCACAGUCCCGUGUAUUGUUAGCUAGCUAGACCCAGCCAGCACUAGGAGGCAAGGACAGUCCUGAGCACUGCUCACCGUUUACCCACCCUCAUAGAUCUAGUGUUGGGAGGACGUGAAUUUCUCUGGAGCUGGUGCUUCUCCUUCACAGUUAGUGGGAAUAGCCUUUGCAUAGCCUUGGCUGAAGGAAGGGGCUGUCCCCAUGCCCCCAGCCUCCAUGAAAAAAUAAGGAUUGUGGGAGAGACUUGCCAGAGAAAGAGGUGCAAGGGGGAACAAACAAAUGUUUGUUUUGGGAAGGGGUGUUGUUUUAGAUAAUAGGAUUAUUAUUAUUUUUUUUAUCUUUUUUUAAUCAAAUUUAUUUUCUCCAUCUUAUUAUGGCUCUGUUUGCAUAUGUCCCUUUCUUUCACCCUCUCCCUCUGUUUGAAUCAUUUCUGAGGGUUGUGGAUGCAGACGAGGAAAGAAGGGUCACAUUCUGCCUGCCUUCUACAGGUAGUAACCCAGGUUCUAAUCAUGAUGGCCAUCUCUCUACAGUAACUAUCUUAUUACUGUUACACACAAUUUAUUUUCCUCAACCUCUGUUUCAGCUUGUGCUCAGAGCUUUGCAAAAUAUCUAGGAACAACUAACACAUUCCCACUGACUUUUAUCACAGAUUAGAAUUCCAUUUGCCAUUUUUACAUUUUUAAACAACUAAAUAGUAUGUAUUUUGGUAUGGGGGGGUUUGUUCAAU